AUGACCCCACAAACACCUCCAGAAUAUCCAGCAAUCGCUACUAGAGCCAUCGAAAAAAGAAAUAAAAAGAAAACUAGCCCCCUUGUCCUAGUUCCAAUCCUAGUUCCAGUCCUAGCUCCAGUCCUAGUCUGCCUAGACAGAAACGGAUAA